AAAAAAGAAGAGAGAAAUGUGAUACAUCUACAUUAUACAGCCUGGCCGGAUAAAGGUGUUCCCCAGGAGGUGACAAGUCUUGUAGAGUUCAGACAGAGGGUGAAGUCAGUUCCUGUUACAUUAGGAGGUCCGGUUAUAGCCCACUGCAGUGCUGGUGUAGGGAGGACCGGCACAUACAUUGCUUUAGACAUACUAACGGAGGAAGGCAAGGAUUUAGGCUCCGUUGAUGUGUUUAAUUGCGUCAACAAAAUGCGAGGACAAAGGGUGAACAUGGUACAAACAGGUGAGCAGUACAUGUUUCUCCACAAAGCUCUUGUACAUUCACUUACAUUUGAUUGUGAAACUCUUACUGCAGAGGCAAUUCAGGCAAUAGUGUAUGAAGCAGAUGAACAAAAGUUCACAGAUAUGUACCAGAUUCUACAGCGAGAGGUAGACACAGAAUGUCAGGAUGAUUUAGAUGAUCGUGAAGAAAAUAGAAAACGCCAUAACAACAAAAAUAGAAGACAUUCUGAGAUUCCUGCCAAUCGCAGUAGAGUUAGACUGUUUGUUGCAAGGUCGCACCACUCAAGCCAUGACUACAUAAAUGCCGUGUUUAUAAGCAGUUUCAAGACCAAAAACUUGUUUAUUGCUGCACAAUCUCCACUAGCAGGAACUAUUGAAGAUUUUGUCUGUAUGAUAUAUCAACAGAACUGCGCAUGUGUAAUUGCACUGGAUCAGCCGUUUAAACAGGGCGAUAAUGAUGGCCAAUAUCUCCCAGCUGACAACAAGACAUACAUAUGUGGAAACUUUACUGUAACAAGCUCGAAAUGUGAAACUAAACAGCAGUUUGUUGUCAAAAAACUGACCAUUACACAUACAAAUCAGAGUGAAGUGAAAACAGUUUAUCAUUUCCAAUAUAAGAAAUGGGCGGAAUCUAACACUGUUCCUGACACUGUUGAAGACUUUGUUCAUUUUAUCAAAGAUGUUGAAAAACGUGUAAAUCAUCAUACAAAUAACAAUUCACAUGUAGUUGUCCACUGCUUGACUGGGUAUGAGAGAUCUGGGUUAUUUUGUACCUUGUAUUCACUCCUUGAGAAGCUAGAGGCUGAGCGACAAGUGAGUUUGGUCAAUAUGAUUAGAAAAAUUAGGACACACCGCCGACAAGCUAUAACAGGGGUGGAACAACUGAAGUUCUGUUUCCGGUGUGUAUCUGCCUAUUUAGAGAUAUAUAACACAUACUCAAACUUCGCGACAUGAUUGUUUCAGAUAUAUAUCUGCCCAUUUAGAGACAUAUAACAUGUACUUAAACUACGCAACAUGAUUGUUUCUGGUUAAGAGAUAUAUAACAUUCACUCAAAUUUCGCUACAUAAAUUUGUCCGGUGUAUAUCUGCCCAGUUAGAGAUAUAUAUCACAUUUUAUCAAACAACGCUACAUAACUGUUUCCGAAGUAUUUGUAUACAGAGAUGUAUUGCACAUACAAACUACGCUACAUGACUGGCUUCGGUGUAAAUAAUUUAUGUAUAUAGAAAUACAAACACACGUCACACGACAGCUUCUAGUGUAUACCAUGUGUUGUUUUUUAUAGAAAUGUAUGCAAAACCAAUACUUAAAGUACACUACAUGACUGUUUCUUCCGUAUAUUUGCUUAUAAAUAGAGAUGUAUUUCACAAUGUAUGCAACAAACAAAUUCUAAGAACGUGUGUAAUAGACAUAUAAUGCAAGUGAAUUCAUUUUGAAUCGCAAAAAUAAAAAUGACCCAACGGAAUGAAAAUAUAUAAUUGUAAACGGAACUACUUUACUAACAAUACCAUAUUAUAAUAGAAUAUACAGUUAAGUAUUAAAAUUACUAUUCAAAGAGUUAUUGUUAAAAUACAUGGAUCUAAUUUUUGCAUGGCUAUCAUGGAUUUUAUUACAACGGAUAACUUACAAAAUGGAUCACUACUGUAUAUAUUUUAGCUUGUGAUGUCUCAAGUUAAACAUCAUCAAGAUACUUUUAUAAUUAUCUGAUUGUAAUUCAUUUUGAUAUUGUUUAUAUGCUGGUUGCAGUUUAUCAUGAUGUUAUAUUCCUUCUAACACUCGUAUUUUAGUUGUUAUAUUUUUAUUCAAUGUGAUUUGUUCAUAAACAUCAUCACUUUAAUAUAUGUAGUUUCUUUUAUA